UUGCAAGUGAAAAAAUCUACCAAUUGUAUAAUCAAUAAUCAAUUUUAAGAAUUUAUUGGCUUAAAACAAUCUCCCAUUUCUUACUGAAAAAGCUGUACGUUAGUUUUGUCGUAUUUCAAGUGUACUGAGAUAUUCACACUAGAAACUAGGCAAAAAUACUUGGUAAAAUUGUUUGUUUUUGCAGUUUAUCAGUUUAACUCCGUUGUCUGGACGAUGCAUGAAGAGGUGAGAUGUUAUUAUAUUCUCCCAGUUUUUGUCUUCAUCUGCUAUAAUUACAUUAAUUCCCUUAAUAAACUAUUUAUUAAGCCUCCUGUCAGACUUGGAGACUAAAGUGUUUUACUUCCAGUUUAGUCGGCCGCUCUGAAGCUGAUUCGUCACCCUGCGCAGAUUGGUCACACACACCGAGCAGAGCCGCAGUAAGAAGAUUUACGCGCACGGAUUUGCUCUUGGCUUCUGAUUCGCUAAAUUGUUUCUGCAUGAGCAGGUUGCAACACGACGGGAGGAAACAGAUCCUGCAGGAAUCUGUCGGGAACAACAGUGGAAGAAAGUGGAAACUGCGAUCGGAUGAAGUCUGCGGCUGCGGCGCGGAGGUUUUUGCGCACGGAGAGCGUUGCGCACCGGAGGAACUCGCUUAGAACGCCGCCGUUUACUGCGUAGCUGCCGGAUUUCUGCUUCAUAGAUGAAAACCCCACCGGAGAGACCUGGGGGCCCCUCCGUCUGCCACCGCCGGGGACCAUGGCGGACAACUUCUCGGACCUGAUCAACGAGUCGCUGCCGGCGGCUCCGGUCGCGCACUACAACUUCCCGGCGCUCAUAUUCGGGAUUUUACUGAUCAUCACCGUCAGUGCUGGAAACGUGCUGGUGUGCCUCAGUGUUUACUUGGAGAAGGCUUUGAAAACUACAACCAACUACUUCAUAGUGAGUCUGGCGUUUGCGGAUUUGCUGCUGGCGGUUCUGGUUCUGCCGCUCUUCGUUUACGCAGAGUUUCAGGGUGGAGUUUGGACCCUGAACAUGACGAUAUGUGACGGUCUGAUGACCAUGGACGUGAUGCUGUGUACGGCAUCGAUCUUCAACCUGUGUGCCAUCAGCGUGGACCGGUUCAUUGCGGUGUCCAUACCGCUGAAUUACAACCGUAAACACGUGGACUACCGGCAGCUCAUCCUGCUGUCCGCCACCUGGCUGCUGGCCUUGGCCGUCGCCUCGCCCGUCAUCUUCGGCAUCAACAACGUGCCGAACCGCGAUACCAGAGAGUGCAAACUGGAGGACAACAACUACGUGGUGUACUCGUCCGUCUGCUCCUUCUUCAUCCCCUGCCCCAUCAUGGUGCUGCUCUACUUUGGGAUUUUUCGAGGUCUGAAGCGGUGGGAGGAGACGCGGAAGGCCAAGCUGCGCAGCAGCAUCGAGGCGUGCCGGAAGCUGCAGCAGAGCAGCGUGGUCGGCGGCGCCCUGCCCCCGAUGAUGGGCACCAUCCCCGGGGCGCUGCCCAUGCCGCUGCCCAGGAUCAUAGAGAGAGAUCUGGCCCAGUCUCGCAUGGACGACUCGGGCGACUACAUCCAGCAGGAGAUUCCUUAUCCACGGCAGUACAGGGAAAACUCAGUGCCAACAGUGAGAUUCAACCAGCAGCAAGUCAAGAAGAGGGCGAAGAUCAACAGCAGGGAACGGAAAGCUAUGAGGGUCCUACCGGUUGUAGUAGGCUGCUUUCUGUUCUGCUGGACGCCGUUCUUCGUGGUGCACACGAUGCGAGCGUUGUGCCUGACGUGCAACAUCCCCGACGCGCUGAUGAGCACCGUCACCUGGCUCGGCUACGUCAACAGCGCCCUCAAUCCCAUCAUCUACACCAUAUUCAACACGGAGUUCAAGAAGUUCUUCAAGAAAUGUUUCCGCAGCUGCUGCUGACAGCAGGUUGCUGCCUCCACAGACUGAAACACCAGAGGAGGUUUGGGUUCAUAACCUCAGACUGGGAUGUUUCCAGUUCGCGAGCCAAACUGGAAAUAAGAGGAAGAAAAUUUUCAUUGGAGGUUUUUAUGGAUUUUAUGUAAAAUACAAACAGACUUUGUUUGGUCUGAAAUAAAGAUUUAUUUGACCAGUUCAGAUCUUUUGUGGGAGGAUGCUGUCCGUCCACCUAUAGCUGGACCUGCUAGCUACAGCCCUGGAUAAGAAGAUUUAGAAGGAGACUGAAGAACACAAGAUAUCUGGAAAGAUUUAUCCAAUAGCAAAACCUUUGGUGGGCACUGCUAAAAAGCUAGCUGCACUAAUGCUAAAGCACUAACCAUAAACUUUAGUUCUGCUAACUCUAAAGCACUAACCAUAAACUUUAGUUCUGCUAACGCUAAAGCACUAACCAUAAACUUUAGUUCUGCUAACGCUAAAGCACUAACCAUAAACUUUAGUUCUGCUAACGCUAAAGUACAACAAAGUAUUGGGGCCACGCUAAGAAAAUGUUUAAAAAUAAAAUGAGAAUAAAGUGUGAAUAAAACAAUAAUAAAGUCAUAGUAUUCCAAUAAUAA